AUGCGAAUCAACCUCUUGAGUCUUGCGGCCGUCUUUUGCUUCGGCACGCUGGUCUCAUCUGCUCUACAACCAACCAGUAUAAAACCACCGCAGACUCCUUCAAAGAAACAUCCACAUGGCUGCGACUGCUUCACCGUCUCCGGUCCUGAUCCUGGAUACUUCCAGCACUACAAGCUCUGGGAUUUUCGGUCCGUUGAUUUGAGAAAACAUGCGCAUCUCAAUCUCACAGAACCUCUUCCAGGCAGUGGUGGGGACUGGGAUGAUGAUGAUGAGGGUUAUGAGGAAGAGCAGAACAUACCUUUCACCACUGCUCCACCUAUUGGCAAGAAGAGGCCUGAUCCAAGCUCUCUGGUCUUUUUUAAAACGGCCUUCGAGCGGGAUUGGAGCAGUCAGGAUUGGGAACGCCAGCGCUCGCCGGUAGCCCCAGUUUACAUGAUCAACUCGAAGCAGAACGUCUUUUUCACCAAGGAUUAUGAGCGAGAAGACCCCCAGGCAACGUAUCUUGUGCUGCGCACCACUCGCCAUGACAACUACACAUCCACAGCAGAGAUUGAAACUCGCGUCCGUAACAUUCACCGUUGUUCGCUUCGUGUUCGACUGCGCUUCCUGCCGGCAGACUUCAUCGUGUCUCAGCCCCCACAGCCCAUAGAAUGGCCACCGCGGAAUCCUCAGAAACAUGCGAUUUCGCGCUUGAACAACCGCACUGCAGUGGACAAUCGGACGAUCCCAUUGCGCGAGGGAAGUCCACCGCCAGGCGCCUGCGCCGGCAUCUUUACCUACCACGAUCGUCUUUCAGAAUCAGAUAUCGAGAUUCUGACACGAGAUCCAACACAUCGUGUCCGGUAUGCCAAUCAGCCAGACUAUGACCCUGUCACGGAUCGAGAAAUCCCUGGGGCAAGCACGGUAGCCGAUCUCCCCGUUCCAUGGACAUCAUGGGCCACGCAUCGUCUGGACUGGCUCUCAGACAUGUCACGAUGGUUCGUGAACAGUCAAAUCCAAGAUGCUAAGUCUUAUCGGGUUCCUGAGCUUGAAAGCAUGAUCGUGCUUAAUCUUUGGAGUGACGGUGGAUUGUGGACUGGCGACAUCAAAAUCGGCGAAAGCAUCUACAUGGGCAUCGAAUACAUCGAGCUAGUCUACAAUCGGUCUUCCGAUGAUACUGCCCGCAAUGCAUAUUUCCAGGACCGCAAAGGCCAGGAAAUGACUCCUUUUUCCAAUACUUCCAUCCUCGAGGAGACUUUGAAGCAUGGGAAAUCUUCCGAUGAAGCGGAUGUUUGUCCUCCAGGAAGACAGGGACGGACAUGCAGAAAUUACAGAUACAAGCAUCGACCUCAUCAUGAAUUCUGUCAGAGAUCGUGCUUCAUUGAUGGAGCACAGGCCACGGGCCCUUGUUGGACCUGCCGUCGUCGGCGAGUCAAAUGCGAUCAAAUACUUCCAGCAUGCACCAAAUGUACGAACACGGGGCGCAUUUGCCUUGGUUAUAAUGAAAAGCCCUUGAGAUGGACCAACAGUAUUGCCAGUCGAGGCAAGCUGAUGGGCAAGACUAAGCCUAGUACACCUGCGCUCACUGUGUCAAGAUGUCUUGUCGAUCCAGGCUUACAAGAUCUAUCCCCAGCCAAGCGGGGUUAUAUAAAAUAUUUCGAUCUAUAUUGCUGUGCAGAAAGCACAUUAUUUGAUACUACACCCACCAAUCCUUUCAAAGAAUUCAUGCGCCUCAUCCCGUCAAGUCCGGGACUACUUUAUACGAUAAUCUCAGUCGCCGCUUUACAUCGAGCCCAGCGAGCGAACACUCUAUUUAUCAGCAACCAAAGCAAUUCAGAUAACAAAAGCAACACAGAGCCGCAGAAUCAAAUCACCACACCCCAGCCCUCCAAGACCUUCUACGAUGCUUUGCUAUAUAAACAAGAAGCGUUAUGCCAUAUUCGAAACGAGUUUCAAAAUCCAGAGGUUGCAAACCAUGAUGGUGCCAUUGCUGCCGUACUACUCUUCAUCUGGCUAGAACUAAUGGACUCGGGACGAGACUCGUGGCGAUAUCAUCUCAUCGCACUACGAAACAUUAUGCAAAAGAGUCUGUUCCCCGUAUUGGAAAAUGCAAAGAGCUUCAUGUCCACAUUCUCAAGCUCAUGCGAAUACUUCGAGAUGACAUAUGCAAUCUUCGACAUAAUAGGCUCAACAUUUGUCAAACCAACACAACCCUCUCACGCCUACCAACCCCUCUUCACAAAAAUGUCAACAAUAGACAUUCUCCAACUAGCCGAAUCCCAAACCUGGAUCGGCUGCCCAGCCGAACUCCUCUACAUAAUCUCCCUAGCAAACACAGUCCCCCAAACAGCCGAACAAAGCAAAUCCCUAAAAUCCCACUUGACAUCCCACCUCACAAGCUUCUCCCCUCGACGCUGGGCAAUCGCCGGCCCGGACAUAUCUCGCCUGAUGCCACGCUACCAUUUCGCCUGUGCGUAUCGGGAUGCUGUCGCGAUAUACAUCUCACAGGUGAAAUUCGGGUGGGUUGGAUGCGAGUGGGAAGCUGAUCCGAGUGAUGUCGGGCUUGAAGUCGAUCUUGAUGCAACGAUCCUGCAUCUCAACGCUAUAAGUCCGCAUGAUGCGUUCUACAAGGCGCUUGUGUGGCCUGCGUUUGUCAUCGGUGCAGAUGCUAAGCUUGAGAAGCAGAGAGUUGCUAUUCAGGACAUCUUUGGGCAUUUGUGGGUUGUUUGGAGGGCUGGGAAUGUGAGCAAUGCUUUGCGGGUUUUGAGAGAGAUUUGGGCUAGGGGUGACGGGGAGUUGUGGUCUAAGCCUUGGAUUGGGUUUCUUUAUGAGUGGGGGGCUGAUUGGAUGUUUGUCUAG